UAGAUCAACAGGCCUGAUCCUGGUCCCUUCACGUCGCAGCUUCACUAAAAACUCCCAUUUCCGACAGCACAUGAAGGCACCGUCGCUCCAACCAAGACGCACAUGAGAAGCAGCGGAGUUUCUGUCCCGUCCAAUCACGACGCUGUGUCACUCGGCCCUCCGUCCAAUGGGAAUAGCGCGCGUGCAGGUGGCUGCGCUGUUAUCAGCUGGUCCCGCUUCACUCCCAGCAGAGAGCGAGUCAAUUUAUGGCGAGAGAAGCCGACCCCCUUUAAUGGUUCCCAUCAAAACCACUAAAAACACCAUCAGACCGUCCGACUUCCGCGAGGAUUCCUGUGGCGGACGCACGCGGCCGUCUCCCAGCUGACACACUCCGACCAAAACAAACACGCGGAAAAGACAUUUGGGGAGUUUUGACCGAGCUCUUCGCCUCCCGAGAGAGAAGAAGUUCGGCUUUGCUCAAGUUUCCCAACAUUCCCAGAGAGUUCCUCGUCGGCCGGGAUACUUGAGGAGAGGGCGGCAGCAGUGGCCUGGCUCCUGAACGUCUCCAGCCCGCUCUGCGCCUUCUCUCACUCCGCUGCACUUGCUUUUAUCUCCCGUUUUUGUCCGAGCGAGUUUGGUGGUUCAUGUUCACAAAUGUUAGCGGUCGGGCAGAUGGAGGCUAACCGGCAGAGUGCUUUCGUCCUGGGCAGCACCCCGCUGGCGGCGUUGCACAACAUGACCGAGAUGAAGACGUCCCUGUUCCCGUACGCGCUGCAGCAGAGCCCGGCGGGCUUCAAGGCGCCGCCGCUGUCCAACCUCAACUCGCAGAUCUCCGGGGGCACUCCGCACGGAAUAAGCGACAUCCUGGGGAGACCCAUCACCACGGCGGGGCAGCUGCUGUCCGGGUUCCCCAGGAUAAACGGCCUGGCCACCACCGCGGCCGCAGCGGCGGCGGGGAUGUACUUCAGCCCGGCGGUGUCGCGGUACCCGAAGCCCCUGGCCGAGCUGCCCGGGAGGGCGCCCAUCUUCUGGCCCGGGGUGAUGCAGGGUUCUCCCUGGAGGGACCCGAGGGUUCCCUGUCCCACUCAGGCUAACAUCAUGGUGGAUAAGGACGGAAAGAAGAAACACUCCAGACCGACUUUUUCAGGACAGCAGAUUUUUGCACUGGAGAAAACCUUCGAGCAGACAAAAUACCUGGCGGGACCAGAGAGAGCCCGGCUGGCCUACUCUUUAGGAAUGACCGAGAGCCAAGUCAAGGUUUGGUUUCAGAACAGAAGAACCAAAUGGCGGAAGAGGCACGCGGCGGAAAUGGCCUCGGCCAAGAAGAAGCACGACUCCGAGACGGAGAAGAUGAAGGAGAGCUCGGACAACGAGGAGGACGACGAGUACAACAAGCCGCUGGACCCAAACUCAGACGACGAGAAAAUCACGAGACUGUUGAAAAAGCACAAGGCCACCAACCUGGCGCUGAUCAGCCCCUGCAGCAACAGCUCGGACACUUUGUGAUGGCGCACAGAGCGGGGGGAGGCUCCACCAGAGACUUGAGACUUUCACCUGACACUGACGAACAUGCGCCUGCGGGGACCGCUCAGACUGGACUUCAGAACCAGGUGUGCGCGCCACGACGCGCGGCCGUUCGGCUGCAUCCAAACCCACUCCCAGACACUGUGCUGCACGGAGAGAAGAACUCCUGUCGGUCUGAACCGGACACACUUCCCGUCAGUUAAAAAAGGACGCAAACAUUGGACAAAAAACUGGCGACGAAAAUCCGUUUUUACGCAAACAACCGGAGUUUUAACAACAGGUGUAAAUGUAAAGAAUCUACUGUUCAGUCCGGAUCAGUGUUGGACUCACUCACUUUACGUUACUUUUAUUUUAUACCUCUGCCUUUAAACGUGUCACCGUGAGGUCAGCGAGGCCUUCUCUCUUUCUCUGACCCUGAACGUCUCUGAAUAUGCCCAUGAGCUGAUGAUAGAAUUAUCAGCGCAGGAGGUGAAGGUGUGUUUUCACCUGAAGAAAAAAAAAACAGUUUCAUGUUUUUUUUUAUUCUGCAGUGAAGAAAAUGCACCAGUUUUUUUUUAGAUAAUUAAUUCAGCUUUAAUGUGACUUUUGGUUCCAACUAAAUCAGCCAUUUUCUCUAUGUAGUUCUGAACGGCGGCUGUGAGCCUGAAUCCAACACUGAUCCGGAUCCCAGACGCAUGUUUCGACGCGGCAGGUGUGAACGGGGCCUGUGAUGCUUCUAAAGCUCAGUUUAACCAGGGUAUCCAGAGGUGUGGGGGGGUGAGGAGGGGAAUGAAUGGUUGUAGCCUAAAGAUGAAAAUGUAUAUAUUUUUUACUGAGUAAGUUAUGUUGUUUUGACGCUUCUUCCCCUCAGAUACACUCACACAUCAACCCGCUGUAACGUUAACGUCGCCUCCUGUUUUUGUUUCUGUUUCCUCAGCACCGACACACACACACACGCACACACACACACACACACACAUGUAUAGACGCAGAAUGCUGUAAAUAAUCACUGUAAAGAAAAACCAGCUUGUUUUAACCACAUCACGUCAGUUCACAGUUUUUUCUUUUCAUUCGUUUUGAAGGAGUUUUUCUGUUUUUACCUCGUCACACAGCGGAACUGAAAACUGGACCAUCGCUUCUGUUGGAGUUAAAACAGAGUAUUAUCACUUCCGGGGUUAUAGGAAGAAAAAAAACAAAAACACUUUGUAUUAUGAAUAAAUUAUUUAACAAGCAUUUUUUGUUUUAUUAUGGGUUUUGUUUUAAUGUAUGGGCUUAAUAUAAAUUAAAGAUAAAUUCAUGACUAUCAGUAA